UCCAGUACGGUUCGGUACGAGUGCAGUUUUUAAUCGGACGCGCCCUACUAUAGUACGAAACAGCUAAAUUAAACACGUCCAUAGUUCUCCAUUUGUCUCAUUCCAAUUUUAUAUCCGAAACUCUCAAGGCAAAUCUAUACUCUAGCAACUAUCGGCUAUUAACCGGAAACCACAUCAAAUGCGCCAAUAAGGUACGCCAAACAUCAUGGCGGACGCAGCGGCUCGUCAGCUACAAUACGAAUAUAAAGCGAACUCCAAUCUCGUUUUACAAGCAGACGUACGAUUAAUAGAAAGGCGAAGCAGAGAUGAAGCCACAGGCGAAGUUAUGUCUCUUGUGGGCAAGUUGGAUGGAACUAGAAUGGGUGACAAAGCUAGGAGAACGAAGCCUGGUAAAGCUGAAGAGAGAAAAGCGAAACGUCAGAAACGUGAUGAAGCCCAACACGAUUUCACGUACAAUAAAGGAGCUACUGUACUCUCUGAUGGAGUUGAUGAAAUAGCUGGUAUAGUAUACAGACCCAAAACUCAAGAAACUCGUCAAACCUAUGAAGUUUUGUUAAGUUUUAUUCAAGAGGCUAUUGGUGAUCAGCCGCGAGAUAUACUUUGUGGAGCAGCUGAUGAAGUUUUGGCAGUUUUGAAAAAUGAUAAAUUGAAAGAAAAAGAGAAGAAGAAGGAAACUGAGCAACUACUAGGAUCCUUAGCUGAAGAAAGGUUUGCAUUGCUUGUCAAUUUGGGGAAAAAAAUAACUGACUUUGGAAGUGAUGAAAAAAAUAACACAGGAGAAGAAAACAUUGAUGAAACAUAUGGGAUAAAUGUUCAAUUUGAAGAGAGUAGUGAAGAAGAUGAUGAAGAUGUUUAUGGAGAAGUUAGAGAAAAUGAGGAAGAUGGAGAGGAAGGGGAAGAAGCAAAUGAUGAUAGAGCAAUUCAUGCUGAAAAUUUGGGUAGAGCGGAAGAAAUGAAAAAAGAAAAAUCUUUGCAUCCAAGGGAUAUUGAUGCUUACUGGUUGCAGAGACAAUUGAAAUCUCACUUUGAUGAUGCUAUGCUUUCUCAUUCUAAAGCAGGAGAUGUAUUGAACAUAUUAAAAAGUCCAGCAGACGAUCGUGAAUGUGAAAAUCAGCUUGUCCUUGCUCUUGGUUAUGAUUGCUUUGAUUUCAUUAAGCAACUCAAAAAGUACAGGCUUAUGAUUGCUUACUGCACUAUGUUGGCUGCAUCUCAAUCAGAAUCUGAACGUCAGGCAAUCAGGAAGAAAAUGGGUGAAGAUCCAGCUCUAACAAGAAUAUUGCACCAACUAGAAACGGGAAAAGGUGAAGAUGAUGCUGAUGAAACAAUGGAGGCAAGAGUUCAACGUAAAAGGAGAGAAGAAAAUGAAGAUACAGGUGGACCUGGAGGAUUAGUACAAGGAACUAGAAAAAUGAUCGACUUAGAAGAUUUGACAUUUGCACAAGGAAGUCAUUUUAUGCCGAACAAAAGAUGUCAUUUGCCUGACGGCAGUUUUAGAAAACAGCGAAAAGGGUAUGAAGAAGUUCAUGUUCCAGCCUUAAAACCAAAGCCAUUUGGAGAUAACGAAAAACUUGUUUCUAUAAGUGACCUACCAAAGUUUGUUCAGCCAGUAUUUGAUGGUUUCAAGACCCUCAAUAGAAUUCAAAGUCGUUUGCAAAAGUGUGCUUUAGAAAAGGAUGAAAAUUUAUUAUUGUGCGCACCUACAGGAGCUGGUAAAACUAAUGUAGCUUUAUUGUGUAUGAUGCGAGAAAUCGGCAAGCACAUAAACGACGACGGCACAAUAAAUGCUGAUGACUUCAAAAUUAUUUAUAUUGCACCAAUGCGUUCUCUUGUACAAGAAAUGGUUGGUAAUUUUGGAAAAAGACUGGCUUCCUACAAUUUGACGGUUUCAGAAUUGACGGGUGAUCAUCAACUUACUCGAGAACAAAUAGCCGCUUCCCAGGUUAUUGUAUGCACUCCUGAAAAGUGGGAUAUUAUCACAAGAAAAGGAGGCGAAAGAACAUUUACCACACUUGUUAGACUUAUAAUUAUUGACGAAAUUCACUUACUUCACGAUGAGCGAGGUCCAGUUCUGGAGUCGCUGGUCGCAAGGACUUUGCGAAACAUAGAAACAACGCAAGAAGACGUUAGAUUAGUUGGUCUGUCCGCUACCCUUCCGAAUUAUCAAGAUGUUGCAACAUUUUUACGCGUGAAGCCUGAGAGCGGUUUGUUUUACUUCGACAACAGUUUUAGGCCUGUGGCAUUGGAACAACAAUAUAUUGGCGUGACAGAGAAGAAGGCUCUGAAGCGCUUUCAAGUAAUGAAUGAGGUUGUCUAUGAAAAGACGAUGGAGCACGCAGGUAAAAAUCAAAUUUUGAUCUUUGUCCACUCGAGGAAGGAAACAGGCAAGACUGCGCGAGCCAUCAGAGAUAUGUGUCUAGAAAAAGACACUCUCGGGCAGUUUCUGAGAGAAGGUUCAGCAUCGAUGGAGGUGCUUCGAAGCGAAGCCGAGCAAGUGAAAAAUUUAGAACUGAAAGAUCUGUUGCCAUAUGGUUUCGCUAUUCACCACGCCGGUAUGACUAGAGUCGAUCGUACCUUGGUAGAGGAUCUAUUUGCCGACAGACAUAUUCAAGUGCUCGUAUCAACUGCAACGCUAGCCUGGGGUGUCAACUUACCUGCUCACACUGUCAUAAUCAAAGGAACGCAAAUAUAUGACCCAGAAAAGGGACGCUGGGUAGAAUUAGGUGCGCUGGACGUACUCCAAAUGUUAGGUCGUGCUGGUCGUCCACAAUACGACACCAAGGGAGAAGGUAUCUUAAUAACAAACCACAGCGAACUACAGUAUUACUUGUCACUACUAAACCAGCAACUACCCAUCGAGUCGCAGAUGAUUAGCAAGCUGCCUGAUAUGCUGAACGCUGAGGUGGUGCUGGGCACGAUCCAGAACGUGCGCGACGCGGUGACGUGGCUGGGUUAUACCUACUUAUACAUUCGCAUGAUGCGUAAUCCAAGCCUGUACGGCAUUGGCCAUGAUAAGACCAGUGAGGAUAUGCUGCUAGAGUUACACCGCGCCGAUCUGGUGCACUCGGCGGCAAUGUGCCUGGACCGCAGUGGUUUAAUGAAAUAUGAUCGAAAGACUGGCAACUUCCAGGCCACCGAGCUCGGGCGCAUUGCUUCUCACUACUACUGCACGCACGAAACCAUCUCAACGUAUAACCAGCUGCUGAAGCGCACUCUUAGCGAGAUCGAUCUGUUUCGCGUGUUUUCACUGUCGAGCGAGUUCAAAAACAUUAACGUGCGUGACGAAGAGAAGCUUGAGCUGCAGAAGCUGAUGGAGCGCGUGCCUAUACCCAUCAAGGAAAGCAUGGAAGAGCCCAGCGCUAAAGUCAAUGUGCUGCUGCAGGCCUAUAUAUCGCAACUUAAACUCGAGGGCUUCGCCCUCAUGUCCGACAUGAUCUAUGUCACCCAGUCUGCCGCUCGGCUCAUGCGCGCAAUCUUCGAGAUCGUGCUGUACCGCGGUUGGGCCCAGCUGGCCGAUAAAUGCCUGUCGCUCUGCAAGAUGAUCAACCAUCGUAUGUGGCAGUCCAUGUCACCCCUGCGUCAAUUCCGCAAGAUGCCCCUCGAGAUUGUUAAGAAAAUUGAGAAGAAGUACUUCCCUUGGGAGCGCUUCUACGACCUCGGGCCUAACGAAAUCGGCGAACUUAUACGCGUGCCCAAGCUCGGCAAGACUAUUCACAAGUACGUUCACCAGUUCCCCAAGCUCGAGCUCUCCACCCACAUCCAGCCCAUCACUAGAUCCACGCUCAGGGUUGAGCUCACGAUCACACCUGACUUCAUGUGGGACGAGAAGGUUCAUGGCGCUUCGCAGGCUUUUUGGAUCCUCAUCGAGGACGUUGAUUCAGAAAUUAUUCUGCAUCAUGAGUACUUUUUGCUUAAGGCAAAAUAUGCCAAAGAAGAUCACCUCAUCAAGUUCUUUGUGCCGGUCUUCGAGCCACUGUCACCGCACUACUUCCUGCGAGUUGUGUCAGAUCAAUGGAUUGGGGCCGAAACCCAAUUGCCCGUGAGUUUCAGGCAUCUGAUACUACCUGAAAAAAACUUACCGCCCACGGAGUUGCUAGAUCUGCAACCGUUGCCGAUCACUGCUCUACGAAACGAUCUUUUCGAAAGCCUCUACAUCGACAAAUUUCCACAGUUCAAUCCUAUUCAGACUCAGGUAUUCAAUGCGGUAUACAAUUCCGACGACAACGUAUUUGUAGGCGCACCCAGCGGCUCAGGCAAAACUACUAUAGCAGAGUUCGCGGUGUUGCGCUUGAUGUCACACAAUCCUGAAGGUCGGUGCGUUUACAUGGUCAGCAAGGAGGCGCUAGCCGAGAUUGUCUACACUCACUGGUCGCAAAAGUUCGGUAAAGUUUUGGGAAAGAAGGUAGUCCAGUUGACAGGCGAGACCGGUACCGAUCUCAAGCUCCUAGCCAAGGGCCAGAUCAUAGUUACCACUGCGGAAAAGUGGGACAUACUUUCGCGUCGUUGGAAACAGCGCAAGAAUGUUCAAAAUAUUCAACUGUUCAUCGUUGACGAGCUGCAGCUAAUCGGAGGAGAAGAAGGACCUGUCCUGGAAGUAGCUUGCUCCAGAACUCGGUACAUAUCGUCGCAGUUGGACAAGCCGACGCGGAUCGUGGCGCUAUCGGCAUCGCUGGCUGACGCCAAGGACGUGGCUCAGUGGUUGGGCGCCCCGGCGUCUAACAGCUUUAACUUUCACCCAUCGGUACGGCCGGUGCCGCUGGAGCUGCACGUACAAGGCAUCAACAUCACUCACAACGCCUCGCGGCUAGCGGCAAUGGCCAAGCCGACGUAUAACGCUAUCCUGCGUCAUGCCAUCAGGAAGCCGGUGAUUGUGUUCGUGCCGACGCGUAAGCAAGCUCGACUAACAGCCUUUGACAUUCUGACAUUUGCCGCGGCCGAAGGCAAACCGUCGCAAUUCUUCCACGCGGACGAGUCGGACGUGGCACCGUUCCUGGCGCGACUGCAGGACACCACACUGAAGGAGACGCUGAGCCAGGGCGUGGGCUAUCUACACGAAGGCCUGUCCUCGGGAGAUCGGCGUCUUGUCGAGGAACUGUUUGACAGUGGCGCCGUACAGAUCGCGGUGGCGACGCGUGACCUCUGUUGGAGCUUGAGUGUGCAGUCGCACCUGGUGGUCAUCAUGGAUACGGAAUGCUACAACGGCAAGAGCCAUGCUUACGAGGACUAUCCGAUCACCGAGGUGCUGCAAAUGAUCUCGCGGGCGAAUCGGCCGCAGGAGGACGAUGACGCCAAGUGCGUAUUGCUAUGCCAGAGUUCCAAGAAGGACUUCUUUAAGAAGUUCCUGAACGAGCCGCUCCCAGUGGAGAGCCACCUGGACCACCGGCUGCACGAUCAUUUCAACGCAGAGAUCGUCACGAAGACUAUCGAGAACAAGCAGGACGCCGUGGACUACCUGACCUGGAGUUUUCUUUAUCGGCGGCUCACGCAAAACCCUAACUAUUAUGGGUUGCAGGGCGUGACGCAUCGUCACCUCUCUGACCAUCUGUCUGAGCUGGUCGAAAGCACACUCAAUGAGAUGGAACAGGCCAAGUGCAUCACUAUCGAGGAUGAGAUGGAUGUCACCCCGCUGAACUUGGGCAUGAUUGCCGCGUACUACUACAUUAACUAUGCCACGGUCGAGAUGUUCGACGGUUCGCUCAACGCCAAGACUAAAAUUCGUGGUCUGCUGGAGAUCAUUUCGUCGGCUGCAGAGUACGAAGGUAUACCGGUGCGCCAGCGUGAGGAAAAUCUGCUGCGUAGCCUAGCCGCGCGGCUGCCGCACGCGCCUCAGGUGCAGCGCUUGGCCGAGCCCCAUGUGAAGGCCCAGCUGCUGCUACAGGCCCAUCUGUCGCGUGUGCAGCUCGGCCCAGAACUGCAGAAAGACACGGAGUUAGUGCUCGGCAAGAGUAUCCGCUUGAUCCAGGCCUGCGUGGACGUGCUAAGCUCGAGCGGCUGGCUGGCCCCGGCGGUCGCCGCCAUGGAGCUCGCCCAGAUGGUCACCCAGGCCAUGUGGUCUAAGGAUUCGUAUCUCAAGCAGCUGCCCCACUUUACGGCGGAGGUUAUUAAGCGCUGCACCGACAAGGGUGUUGAAACAGUUUUCGACAUAAUGGAGCUUGAAGAUGACGUGCGUAACCGGCUGCUGCAGCUCAGCGACCAGCAGAUGGCCGACGUGGCCAAGUUCUGCAACCGCUACCCCAACAUUGAGAUGUCAUACGAGGUGAAAAACCGGGAGCGUAUCCGCCACGGGCGCUCAGUUAAUGUGCAAGUGGAGUUGGAGCGUGAGGACGAGGUGGCCGGCCCGGUGGUUGCGCCAUUCUUCCCGCAGAAGCGUGAGGAAGGCUGGUGGGUGGUCAUCGGCGAUCCCAAGACCAAUCAGCUGCUUUCAAUAAAGCGGCUCACUCUCCAGCAGAAAGCCACCGUCAAGCUCGACUUCCUUGCUCCCCAGCCCGGUCAGCAUAACUAUACCCUCUACUUUAUGAGCGACGCCUACUUGGGUUGCGACCAGGAGUACAAGUUCACCAUCAAUGUCGGCGAGUAUGACUCGGACGCCAGCUCAGCUUCUGAUUCCGAUUAAUAACGGCCCUCCUGCUCUACCCCUUUUAACUGCCUCUUUUUCUUAGCAUUUAUUCUUAUCUUAUUAUUAUUAUUUGCUCUACUCUUAUGAUUACUAUUCCCAUUUCCAUAACUUAGUUCUUUGUAAUAAUUUACCUUUGUGCGUGAUUGAUUCAUAUUGUAAAUACUGUACAUAUUUUAUCAACAUUUUACCAAUAAAAACUAUAGUCAAAU